UCAGAGGUCUGGGGGUCUGCUGAGUGACCUUGCAGUGUUUGUAAACAGACACACGUUGUCGUUUCGAAAGUCUCGGAAGAUAGAACGGGAUCCGGAUCGAACGAAGCUGUGUCACCGAGGAUUCGCCUUUGGAAACUCGACGAGAAGACCGAGCCACGGAAGACAUGGAGGUAGAGCCCGCGUGCAUCGCGGAAAACGAGACGGAGGGAUCUCGCGGUGAUCGGAAAGAGGGGGGUAAGAGGGGACGCAAGCCUGGAAGGAAGGCGUCCGAUAAGUCGGAUAUGAAAGCCAAGCUUGGUAAGAUCCUAGAGCGAAGUCGGCAGAGUGCGAGGGAGUGUCGUGCUCGAAAGAAGCUGAGGUAUCAAUACCUGGAAGAGCUGGUGGCCGACCGCGAGAAGGCUGUGCUCGCACUUCGGAAGGAGCUGGAGACGUAUCGACAGUGGGGGCAGGAGUUGGACGCCGGACGAGUUCCCGACGGGCUACAGACGAUGCUGGAGGAGGUCGGCUCCCUGAAGCGGGAGAAGAUGGUCAACUAACCGAAGAGAAACACGAGUCACGAACGUCGAGCCCCGCCUUCUCUCCCCCCGUUGUCCCAUUUUUAUUUCUGCAACGAUCCCUGGCUCCGUUGGCGAGCUGCUGGCUACCUCGUCGAGGUAGCCCUCGCCGGAACCGAGGGGGCAAAGUAAACGCGUCGAGUCCUCGAGUUCGAAUUUUUCCCGCUUCGUCCGGGUCCCGUUUGCGCGUCCUUUCGGCAGCAAGAAACGAGACAAAAUUGUUCCGUUGCUCGACGACUCCGUCGGAAUGGCAGCAUCUACGGUCGCCGUCCUUCGAUGCUCUAUCCAUCUUCCGAGAGAAAUCGACUCGACACUGGGCUCGUGUUCGAGCGUUAGCAUUUCUUAUAUUCUUCUCGACGGGUGAAGGGAGAGGAAGGGUUGCCGGCGUUCGACGAGCUCAGUUUCGCGACACCUCCGGUCGCCGCCUUCGCUUCUCCCCUCUGUUGCUAGGAAAAAAUUGAUUCGGCAUUGCUGCUUCGCUCGCGUGUUUCUAUGAAUAUUGUUUGUAUAGUUCGUUUUCGAUGGACCCGGAUUAAAACGAAGAAAAUGUUAUCGCGUCGGUCGCUGGCGCCUCCGGUCGCCAAUUUUUGUUUCGUCUUUUAGAAAAAUCGAUUCGGCUUUGUUAUUAUACAAUCGACGUUAUUAUACAAUCGUCGUCUUUUAUAUUUUAUUUUCGGCGGUCGCGGACGAAACGAGGAGCGAUGCUUUCUACGAUUUCAGCCUAAUCGCGGUUGCUAGGACCUUCCGUCGUCGUCCGUGCUUCUAAUCCACGCGAAUCCUAUCGAAAUUGUUGUCUCCAUCCGCGUUAUCUAUGAACGCCGCUUUCACGGCUGCGAUCGUCGUACGAAUACCGUCGCGUAGCUCCGACGCGACGGUGGCUGAAACGAAAAUAAAAAUGAUUUCGGUUCGUCGUUCCGAUCGGAACGGCACCCGUCGCCAGCUUUAACCGUCCCCGGCCCUAGAAAGAUCGAUUCGGCACCGUUGUUUCCGCCCGCGUUAUCUAUGUAUACGUAUAUCAUUUUUAUACUUUGUUUUGGAACGAAGAACAGAACAUUAUUGUCCCACUGUUGUUCGAAGUCGACGUAUUUUUUUUCUUUUUUUUUUUCGUUAAACAACCGACAGAGCCUCGAGCGCUCGUAGACUCAUGCGUAUUGUAUGUACCUACUACACGUACCUUUUCGCCUUGCGAUUGUUAGAGAGAAAUUAUUCGCUAUAAGAAGAAAGAGAAUAGGAAAGAAAAACAGUUAAUAUAUCCCUGUUGAACCGUCGCCGACGAACGCAGUAACGCGUUCCCUUAUGUCGGCCGAAGAAAGAUAACGUUUACGCAGAUCCGACGGAUCACGAUCGCCCGUGACUCGUCGCGAUCGAUCUAGAGAUUUUCGUUCACGGAUCUAUUUUCGCCAGAAGCGUCUGCACUUGUUCCGUUUCAGUGCCCGAUUCGCGACGAUCGUUCGAUCGCGAUCGGUUCGCCGGCGCGAGAAACGGUAUUUUUCUACUGCGCACGACGCUAUCCACUUUGUACAGAUAUUAUCGAUAUCCCGUGAACUUGUCUCCCCCCCCCGUAUAGAUAUAUAGAUAUCUAUAUAUAUAGAUAUAUACAUAUAUAUAUAUAUAUAAGCACACGAUGCACGCGGAAUAUAUAUCUAUAUAUUUAUAUACACCUGGAAAAAUGUCUACGAGAUCGAAUAAAACGGAUAUUUUUCAAGAAA